AUGGGUAAAGUCAAAGAGUUUAUUUUUCUUGGAACCGGAACCUCUGGUUCAGUACCCAACAUUCACUGUUUAGUCAAAGACCCAAUUCCAACCUGCAAGGUGUGCUUGUCAGCCAUUACCUACCAACAACCUCAUCUAGUGCAAGAUUCAGCAAGUUCUAUUCAGCUGCCGUUGCUUCAUCUUCCGCACUUUUCAAAAAACCGGCGUCGUAAUACAUCGGGUGUUGUGAGGUUCAUGCAUUCAGAUGGUCGCAUGCGGAAUGUAGUCAUUGAUUGUGGAAAAACGUUUUAUGAUUCUGCAUUAUCGUGGUUUGUAGAAUAUCGACUUCGGAAUAUCGAUGCGGUGAUUCUCACCCAUGGUCAUGCCGAUGCCAUUUUCGGGCUGGAUGAACUACGUCAAUGGACGAUUGGUGGUGAGGAUAGGAGACUUCAAAAAAUAGUAGAUAUUUAUUUGGAUCAAGAAACUAUGGAAGUAGUUGCUCGUGCCUUUCCCUACAUGGUCGAUAGUGCAAAAGCUACGGGAGGCGGCGAUGUACCCUCAGUCCGAUUCAACAUCAUUGAAAAAAAUGCAGAUGGACCAAUCCCAUUUUUGAUUGAUAACGAGCUUACAGUCAUUCCAUUCGAAGUGGAGCAUGGAAAGAAUGGAACUAAACCCUUCAUGUCGCUUGGGUUUCGCUUUGAAAAUCUAACUUACAUCUCAGAUGCAAAUGCCAUACCACCGCGAGCUGGCAGUAUCAUCAAAGGAUCAACCCAUUUGAUUAUAGACGCAUUGAAUGUUGAACCGCACUGCUCGCAUUUUGGGUUUGAUCAGGCCAUACACGAAUGCAUUCUUGCUUUAGCCAAAGGCGGUAAAGGAUACUUUACAGGGUUAAGUCACAGCAUGGACUAUGACGACUUGCAAGAGUACAUUGCAUCAAAGCAAUCACCCAAAGAUGCAGGAAUUCAUAUCGAAUGUGGAUUUGAUGGACAACGUAUUCCUAUUCACGAUUAA